AUGUUUGUCUCUUGCAAGCAAGCUAUGUUUUUGACGCUGGGAGUCGCGUCCCUGGCAUUAUCCGCCGCUAUCAACAACGAUGUUCUGCAGAGUCGAGAAGGGAAGGAUCCCGAACCGGCACAAGCACCCUUUGGCUGCAGCCUUUUCUACCGAGUGCAAAUUGGCGAUACCUGCUGGGACAUAAUAUCUCGCAAUGAGAACACCUUCACCAUCAGGCAGCUCCUGUGCUGGAAUCCCGAUAUCAACCCAACCUGCUCGAACCUCAUCCCCGGUCGCGAUGUUUGUGUUGGGGUCGUGAGUCCUAUGUAUUGUUAA